AUCUCCGAGGCAAACGGAUUGCAUCUAGUUACUUUUUUGUCCUCAAAUAGUCAUGAUUUUUGUAAUUUUAUGUGAUUCACUUGAAACAAGUAGGUCCGAGAGGGAAGGAGUUCUCUGGUCUCUGUCAGACAUCUCAUAACAGAUUUGGUUAGCUCGAAAAAUCUCUGUUUCACAAGAACAGGAUGAAUACUGUUGAAUCUUCUAAACAUCACCAGUUCUACAUAGAUAGUGAUGAGGAAGAUGAGCAUGAAGAGAAGUUGAAGGAGAAAGGUGACGAUGAUUCAGACUCCUCGGAUUCUUCCCCAGAUUCGCCUACACAACAUAUCACUGGUUCCUAUAAUGCUGCAUGGCCGCAGAGUUACAGACAGUCGAUGGACAUGUACAGCAGUUUAACUUCUCCAAACAUUGGAUUUUUGGGCACUCCAAGCUUAAGCAGACUCAGCUCUUCUUAUCUAACAUCAUCCUUCAGGAGGAGAAAUACUCCAGAGGUUACCCAGCCUCUAUUGCCAACAAUAAAAGCGGAUUCAAAUGCAGAGGAAGCCCAACUUCCUCCUCUGCAACCAAAGAAACGCUCUUUCAGAAGAGCCACACAUGAUCACCUCCCAACUACUCACAAAUGUGCCUUCGGACAUGCCUUGCUCAAUGGAAUGAAUGUGCUUUGUGGUGUUGGGAUCCUGUCAACUCCAUAUGCUAUCAAAGAAGGAGGAUGGUUGGGAUUGGGUAUUCUGUUUGCAUUUGCUUUACUGUCUUGUUACACCGGUGUCCUGCUGCGCGACUGUUUGGAAAGUGCACCAGGCCUUGAGACCUAUCCUGAUAUAGGCCAGGCUGCAUUUGGGACCACAGGGCGUAUUGUAGUUUCUAUUAUUCUGUAUGCCGAGCUGUAUGCUUCCUGUGUAGAAUACAUAAUACUUGAAAGUGACAAUCUUUCAUCAUUAUUUCCCAAUGCACACCUUGAUUUUGCUGGAUUCCACCUUACUUCCCACCAGUUGUUUGCACUGAUCACAGCUCUUUCUGUUCUUCCUACCGUUUGGCUUCGAGAUUUAAGCAUUCUAUCAUAUAUUUCUGCCGGUGGAGUAAUAGCUUCAUUUUUGGUAGUAAUCUGUUUAUUUUGGGUUGGAACUGUGGAUCAUGUUGGGAUUCACCAUAAAGGAACUCUUUUGAAUCUCACCAAUUUUCCUAUAGCGAUUGGUUUAUAUGGAUUUUGCUAUUCUGGCCAUGCUGUUUACCCAAACAUCUACACAUCUAUGAAAAACCGCUCACAAUUUACUCUUGUUCUCAUUACAAGCUUUGUAACAUGCACAACCAUGUACGCGGCUGUUGCUGUCAUGGGCUAUAUGAUGUUUGGAGAUGCAACAGAGUCUCAGUUUACACUUAAUAUGCCCACCAAUUUUGUAGCUUCCAAAAUAGCUGUCUGGACCACGGUUGUGAAUCCAUUCACCAAAUAUGCAUUGACCAUAACCCCUGUGGCAUUGAGCCUGGAGGAGCUGUUACCUUCAACUUCAAUGGGUUUACACUGGUUCUCUGUAAUAAUUAGGACUGCUCUUGUUGUCUCUACAUUAGUAGUGGCUCUUGUGGUACCAUUCUUUGGUUUUGUGAUGGCUCUUAUCGGAUCUUUGCUUACAAUGCUUGUGGCUUUAAUCUUGCCAUGUGUUUGCUUUCUGAGCAUAGUUGGUCAUAAAGUAACAUGGAUGCAGGUCAUACUAUGCACAACCAUAAUCAUUAUGGGUGUGGCAUGUUCAGCAAUUGGCACAUAUUCUUCUGUUGCUGGGAUCAUACAUAACUUGCAUUAAUGCACCAAAACAAAGUCCAAUCCAAUCCAAUCCAAUAUAUUACUGCUAUCUCCUUAUCUGAGGGAAUUUUCAAGUGGGUCAUGAACUAAUAUUUUAUAUUGAAUGUUGAAUCCCCAAAGCAUAUACCAGUGGCCUCUUUUAUAAGGAAGGACUAUAAAAUUAUAGAAAUAUGAUUGGUGGCAUGUUAGUUAUGGCCGAGGAGAGAUGCUGAAGAAGUCAGAUUUUAUGGCUUACUAAAAUUUGUUGACAUUGGAGUUGGGGAACAGGUUCAAACAAGACGAGUGUUGUGUGUGUUAAAUGAGCUUGUAAUUUUUUAACACUUGUUAACAGCUCAUCAUAAGUCUAGACUAAAGACUAAAGUUAUCAUCAGGCACAAGGCUAUUUGCUUUUUCUUGGUUAUGAAGUCAUGUGUCUGCAGAUGAGUGUAUCACUGGAUAUUUUGCCGUGUAAGGGAAGGGAUCUAAAAUCAUCUAAGCCAUGUUUUAUGUUUUAUUCAUUAAAUAUGACUUGUUCUCCCUGUCUACA